AUGUGCGCGCUGUUUGGUUUCCUUCUCCUCUCAAGUCUCGCCACGUUUGGCUCCUCUCUGCGUUUCUGGUCUGCUUCCUCUCGUCGUCUUCCUUCUCUCGCUAGAACGCUUUCUUCGUCAGCCUUCGUGGACGCGCUGCAACUGGGCCGCUCCAGCUGCUCUCUUUGGGCUGCCGGCUCGCCCUUCUCCGCAUCCUCUCUGGCGUCUCCACUAUUUCCCUUUCGCUCGUUUUCUACUCCAGCAGAUGCCGUCUCUCCGCCGUCGCUGACCUGCUCUCCCUCCUCCUCUCUCUCGUUCGCCAGGCGACCCGAGAGCUCCGCGGCGUGCUACGCGCUGUCCGCUGCGUCGGCGCGGCUCGUCCGCGUCGCCUCUUCUUAUCCUUCUCCUCUUCUGUCGCCUUUCUGGACUGCCCCCUGGUCACUUUUGUCCCUUCAGCCUCCGGCGCCCUCGCCUGGGACGUGGCUGGCUGCCGGAUCGCCGCAGGGCCCGGGCGAGAGCGAGAGUGGCGCUGCAGAGGCGAGCCGAGGGCGGGGCGGAGGCGCGGCCGCGUCUCCGCCUCUUCUGUUCCCUCCGGACGACGCCACGUCAUCGUCGCGGAAUCUGUCUUUCCUCUCGGCGGACGGCAAGUCGGCCGCUGAGCGCGGGCCGCGACGGCGCGGCCGCCGAGAUGAUGAGUCGGGCGUCGACCCGCUGCUGGACGUCCGCCAGACGUUCGAGAAGUGGCGCGAGAAGGAGCGGCGAACGCGCACCUACGAGCAGAAGAUUGCGCUGCUCCCGCGGACGCCGCGGCAAGUCAAGCUGAAUACCAUCCACGUGUACCUGCCGAAUCGCUACCAGCACCAUCGCAGUCCGCACUCGCGCCGGCGCGUCCUCCGCUGCUUCCCCCCGCCCCGGAUGCCGCGGCCGCAGAAGAAGGAGAGCCCGGUCGUACGUGGUGCCACGCACGGGGGCCCAGAGACAGAGGGGCGAGAGAAGGCGCCGAAAGAAGAAGAGACAGCGGAGGAAAUCACUUUUAACCCGCAAGACGACCCCGCCGGUGAACAGCCCCCGCCGCUCACCGCCUUCGCCUGGCCGCCGGGCUGUUACCUACGCAUCGAAUUCAGCGGAAACCGCGCAGACGACGCAGACGAAGCCGGUCGUCGCAUUCUGGAGGCGUUGAAGCGAGCGGGUUCGCGGUAUUUGUUCUCUUUUCCUGCGAGACUGCCCGUUGUCCGCCGGCGCUUCUCUGUGCCCAAGUCGCCGCACAAACACCGCAAGGCGAUUGAGCAGUUCGAGAUCUGCGAACGGCGCCGAAUCAUCGACGUCCACCGAAGGGACUUCCUCGCAGAGGCCGAGCGACGCGGCGAACGAAGCGCCUCGCGCUGGGGGAAAAUGCCGUGGGCAAGCAGAGAAGAGGUCCCGCAGGACACUGGGCAGUCCGAGCCAGACAGCGAAGAACAAGAGAAGAAAGGAGGAGAAGGGGGAGAGGAAGAAGGAGAAAACGAGCAAGAAGGGGAGGUCGCAGACGAAACGGGUCACGUCGGAGAACAAGAGGAAGCGGGACGGGGCGUGAGCGAGGGAGUCGGAGGAGGGCGAAGGAGUGGAGAUGCAGGGUUGAGGAAAGGGCGGAAGAAGGGGAAGAAGCGCGUCGAAGAGGAGGCCGACGCGACUGUGAAGGGCUUGCUCACGAUCGACUUGCCAGAUCUCGUUCGUUACGACCUGCGAUACGAGCCCUAUCGAAGGCCGCUGAAGGCGAAGGAGAUCUACGAGCGCCUGCGCUACCGCGAGAAAUGGACUUCGAAGUACUUGGAGUACCGACAGGACAUGGAAAAGAAGGAGACACUGAUCGCAGAGCUCCUCUCGCCCAAGUACGACAACGACCGUCUCGUCACGUGGCCGCAGUCGUUUCAUGAACUCCGGAAAUUCAAAGUCGCUGAAAUCGAAAAGAUGAUUCGAAAAGCUGAGAAUCACUACAGAGAGCGAGUGGCGCGUCGCCGCAGAGGCUUGCCUCCGUAUCGGCCGCGCGUGAAGUUCUUCGGCGAUUUCGGCAUGGAUGCAGAAGACCUGCAGCUCAUGCCGAAUGGAGACGCCUACGCGCCGUACGUCCCUGAGCCGCGCCGGCCAGAUGCGCCUCCACGAGUGAAGCGCGUAAAGAAGGAGAGAAAGAAGAAAAAGAAGGAGGGCGGCGGAAAGAAGAAGCGGCCGGUCGCAAAGAAGAAAUAG